GCGCCCGGGCCGGCCGGGAGACGGAGUCGGGUGCCCGCCGGCGAGCCGUCGGCAAGGGCGCGGGGCACAUUAGUCGAGUUGAAUGUACACUGUUCAGUCUUGAGUGCGAGUGAUGAAUGUGUGAGUGCAAUACACUACAAGUGGCGACGAGGAUGAGAUAAGCGGACUGCAUUCAAGACGACAUGUUCCAGUCACCGGCGCCACCGGAGUUCCUGUCGCGGCCGGGACAGCGUCCUGGGAGCUGGCGACAAUGGUACGAGGACUUCCUGGUCUUCGCUGAGGCCAGCGGGUGGUUGGACUGGACGGACGGUCGUCGGACAGCGUUCCUGUUGACAGCAGUCGGAGCGGAGGCACGUCGACUCUACCGAGCUGCUGCUUCAGCUACCAAGCAGGAGAACAUCGAACCUGGAGUAAGUGACACUGACGCCGGCGGCGCUGGUGCUGCAAUUGUGUCUCAGUUCGAUGCUGCUGUAGCUGUUUUCAAGAAACUGUUUGAGAGCGAUUCUGAUGUUCGUUCUGCUCGCUUGAAAUUCCGGAAAUGCACCCAAGGCCCUGAUGAGUCAUGCGUGAUUUUCCUGGCCAACCUCCGCGAGGCAGUGGCCUGUUGCAGUUAUGGUGCCCUGACUGACGACAUGCUGCGUGAUCAGUUUAUCGAGGGUUGUCGCUCUGACCAGCUUCGUGACAAGCUGAUAAUGAUUGAUGACCUAUCUCUCUCCAAGCUAGAGGCUGUGGCCGAGGCCCACGACCGGGGCUUGCAGCGAAAAGCUCUACUGCACGACUCAUCUGCCGGUGCGACUUCACCUUCAGCUCCUGCGGUGGAGGUGGCGUAUACUGGGCAGCGGCGCAGCACGAGCCGCAGUGACUCAGCGCGUAAGCAGACGCAGCGUCAGCCUCCUGUGAAGAAGUCAGGUACGUGUCGUGCCUGUGGUCGACCGGGUCACUGGGCAAAUGACAAGGAGUGCAGAGCGAGGAACCUGAAAUGUUUCAAGUGUAACACUGUCGGACACUUAAGCAAGUGUUGUCCUCGUUCUAACAAGACCGGUGCUGUUGACAAUGUGCAGAUUUUGUCCGUGUCUGCUAAGGAUGACGAAUGUCCGGUCGUUCAGACAGUGUCGUGCCCGUACUAUGAUGCCUUCAUUGAGAUGAAGCGUGUCAGGAUGCUGGUUGACACCGGCUCGGCGGUCAGCAUCGUCCCAGCGAGGACGUACUGGCAGCUCUUCAGUCACGUCCCUCUCCGUCCUGCGGGUAAGCUCGCCCAGUGGAACGGCAGCGGCAUUAAGGUGCUGGGUAAGAUGUCAGCUGACGUCACAGGACCGGACCAGCUCUCCGUUCCAGCGGAACUGUACGUGGCGGUGGGUGAUGUACCGAUCAUGGGCCGUGAUCUCCAGCAUCAGCUCGGAGUCACGGUGAGCCGUGGCAGUGUCGUCUGCCAGGUGAAGCAGGAUCAGGUGCUGCCAGCCAUCAAGGGAUUCGUCCACAAGGUGCGUCUGAUUCCCGGAGCUGUGCCCAGCACGCCACACCUGAGGACUCUACCGUACGCUGUGAGGCAGGAGGUCAGUGACCAUCUGGAGUCCCUGGAAGCCCAAGGAGUCAUCGAGAAGGUACCCUGUGGCUCUUCGCCCUGGUUGUCUCCGAUUGUCGUGGUCCGGAAGCGAGGAGGUGAGGGCCUGAGGAUCUGUCUCGAUCUGACGGCGGUGAACAAAGCCAUUGUCGCAAACGGCUACCCCAUCCCUCCGAUGCAGGAAAUGCUGGACAAGCUCCGAGGUGCCAAGGUGAUGUCCAAGCUCGACAUGAACUCAGCCUAUCAUCAACUGGAGCUGCACGAGGAGUCCAGGAACCUCACUGCUUUCGUGCAUGAGGGUCAGACCUGGAGGUACAAGCGGUGCUGCUUUGGGCUCAAAAGUCUUCCGCAGUGUUUCCAGAAGCUCAUGGAGACUGUUCUGCAAGGCAUCCCUGGUGUUCAAGUCUACCUGGAUGACGUACUGGUCACAGCGCCCACCCGUGCAGAGCACGACGCGAGGCUCAGCACCGUCAUGAAGCGGCUGAAGGACUACGACAUCACGCUGAACGGGGACAAGUGUCUGCUAGGUGUUGUGUCGCUGGAGUUCCUGGGGUUCGUCGUGUCGGAGCGUGGGAUCGAAAUCUCACCAGAUCGGGUCCAAGGUCUUCGAGACAUGGGACAACCCCAGAACACCAAGGAGCUCCAGGCUGCACUGGGGUCCCUCGCGUUCUACAGCAAGUUCGUGCCCAACUUCAGCUCUCGGGUAGAACCUCUGCGGCAGCCGCUGAGGAAAGACGCCCCAGCCUUCCGAUGGACGGAGGAGAUGACAGCUGCGCUGGAGGAUGUGAAGUCGGCGAUCCUGAACUCGUCUGCGCUGGCACCGUUCGACCCCAGUCUGCAGACGUUCGUCACGACCGACGCCAGCGACAUUGGUCUCGGGGCCGUUCUCUCACAGAUCCACCCAGACGGAGAGAGAGUGGUGGCAUUCGCCUCCAGCACGCUCAGCGCAGCACAGCGCAAGUACAGCGUAACUGACAGAGAGGGCCUGGCAUGCGUCUGGGCGUGUCAGAAGUGGCACAAGUACCUGUGGGGCAAGGAGUUCGUUUUGCGGACGGACCACGCUGCCCUUCGCUCUCUGCUGUCUGCUAAGGGCAUCGGUCGGGCCAGUAUGCGAAUGUCUCGCUGGGCCGUCAAGCUGAUGAACUAUGCGUUUCAGGUUCAGCACAUCGAGGGGAAGUUGAACCAGGCUGAUGGCAUCUCACGCCUUCCCGGCAGUCAUGGGGUUGCAGAAGACGAGGACCAGCUGGUCGCAGCCCUGGAGGAGAUGAUGCCGGCGGUGAGCAGCGCUGAUAUCGCCGCAGCAGGCCUUGAAGAUGACGAGGUCAAGCUGGUGAGUGAUAAUGGAACCCAUUUCACGUCAGCACGGUUUGCAUCGUUCUUGCAGGCUAACGGGAUCAAACACAUCAAGGUGUCCCCGUAUCAUCCAGCAGGUUCCGGAGCUGUGGAACGCUUCAACCGCAGUCUGAAGUCUGCCAUCCAGAUAGGUGAGCAGCAGAAGGCAGACAGGCGGCGGCACGUUCAGCAGUUCCUGAUGGUGUACCGGGCGACGCCGCACGCCACGACGGGGCGCAGCCCGUCAGAGCUGCUGCACGGACGCCAGCUGCGGACGUCACUGGAGAACGCCGUGGUGCAGAGCAGUGACUGCAGAGGUGACGGCGCCAUCCAACAGCACGUCCGGAAGAAGCAGCGAAAGAUGAAGCGGUAUCAUGACCGAACGGCAAGGAAGCCCGACAUAAAGGUAGGCGAUCUCGUUCGCUAUCGCCUGAUGCCAAGGCCGCGCAAGGGAAAACCUCGGUUUUCCAAGCCAUGUGUCGUCACCGCACAGCGUGGUCCCGUGUCGUUCGAGCUGGAGGGUGGCAUCAGAGUCCAUGCCGAGCGACUCUCCCCGUGUCAUACAUCUGUCCGCCGGCCUGACGUUCCCGGAGGAGGCGGGCGAGAACAGGCUGACGAGCCUGAUCUGCUUCCUGACGACGCCGGCGGCGGCGCCGAGACUGUCGGCGUGGAGACAGCCGAGAGAAGAGAGGCUGUCGGGCCUGACCAGCUUCCUGACGGCGCCGGAGGCGGCGCUGGGACCGUCGCAGUGGAGACAGGCGACGGCGGAGCGGCCGAAGUCGACGUAGGUGGAGACGUCUGGAACGACUCUGCCGGAAAUGCCUCUAACGUCGACGUCGAGGACGCCGGAAACAUGGAGGGCCCGUACCGCACGCGAGCGGGACGGGCAACGAGGCGCUGGUGGAGAUGAGCGCUUCGGGGGGAAGGGAAUGUAGUGUAGUACCCCUCCCCGGGCCCCCCGCCGGCUGGCAGCGGCGGCCGGAGCCAGUCCGACCUUUAGCCGGCCGGGUCAGGUAACCGGGACGGCCGCACCGCGGCGCCGCGCCCGGGCCG